AUGGUCUCCAGUCAGUUUAACUUUGUCGGCAAGCUCCUUGGGCCACGCGGGAACUCGUUAAAGAGACUACAAGAGGACACCCUCACAAAGAUGUCGAUUCUCGGAAAAGGAUCCAUGAGAGACAAAGAGAAGGAAGAAGAGCUACGGCAGAGCGGCGAGGCCAAAUAUCACCAUCUGAACGAAGACUUACAUGUCCUCAUCGAGGUAUUCGCCCCGCCAGCUGAGGCCUAUGCCAGGAUGGGCCACGCUCUAGAAGAGAUCAAGAAGUUUCUCAUUCCAGACUACAAUGAUGAGAUCAGACAAGCCCAGCUGCAGGAGCUCACAUACCUGAACGGCGGCUCUGAGGAUGCCAAGGUGCCAUCGGUCAGGGGCAAGUCGGCAGCCCGUGGCAGGGGGACACCUGUUCCAGGGCCUCCAAGGAGUCGUGGAGGAGUUCCACCGCUGCAUGCAGCAGUUCCCCGAGGAGCGGCGCCCCGAGGAUCUCCGCCCAGCCGGGCCCCAUCCUCCAGAGGAAGAGGGGUCCAAAGAGCCAGAGGCGCCCCACCUGCUGCUGGCUACAGGGCAGCUCCACCCAUAGUGCAGGACACAUACGGUGAAUAUGAUUAUGACGACGGCUACGGAACCGCUUACGAUGACCAAGGGUACGAGUCUUACGACAACAGCUACAGUAAUCAAGGACAAAACUCAGAUGACUACUAUGAAUAUGGACACAGCGGGGAGUCAUAUGAGUCGUACGGUCAGGAAGAGUGGGCAAACAGUCGCGGCAAGGCUCCGUCGGUGCGGACGACCAAGGGAGCGUACAGGGAUCAGCCAUACUCCAGAUACUGAACUGUUUUUACGAGCCGCACCUCCUUCCCCCCGAUGCCCAUGGCGGUUUCAACCCAAGUAAUGGAUUUUUUUAUGGACGCUCCCAUAUUUUUAGAAUUGAAAACCGAAUCCGCGACGUAACACAAAAACAAAACGCUGAACUGAAAGUAUUAUAACAUGAAAAUCAUGCUCUUGACUUGGAAAAGAAAUAAACCAUAAAGCAGUUUAGGUAAGCUAUCUGCCCUCUCUGCAGUAGAAUCGACAGAAAGUUAAGGCUAAAAAGAAAAAAAAGACUCCAUAGUACAUUAAGUUUCUCUCUCAGCUAUGUGAUUGUGAAGAAUGACAUUGUAACAGGCUAUUUUACUUGGUAAUGAUUAGUGAGCCACUGUAAGCUGUUGGAUACAAUGCUUCCACACAGCUGCCAGCGCAACUUAAUUUAUCACCCUCUAUUCUUUAGACCUCUGAAAUGUUAGUAGAUUAGUUUCUAGGAAAGUGCAGUAGAUACUUUCUCCUGAAGGAUAAUUGGUGAACUUUGUGUCCCUUGUAAAUGAAACAUUUGCAAACUGAAAAAAAGAAGAGAUAAGUCAUUCUGUAUACACAUUGUAUUGCUGUUUCUUCCUCUUUUUUUAAUGUAAAACAACAGUCCAGUUAGUGUUAAAGGGCUUAUAGAAGCAUGGUGUGCAACUGUGGACGUUACCAGCUGUUUAAAGAAGCCUGUGUAGUUGUGAUCAUUGGUUUUGCCCCCAAACAUCUCCUUAAGUCCAUUCAGAAAUAGCUGCGCCUGCUUUCUGUACGCUGAUCCACCGUAGCUGCCAGACGCUUUGGGAGUUUUCAAAUGUCUGCCUUUCUUUUUAGAUGCUCCUGGUUUUUAUGUUUUUUGAGAAUAUAAAACGUGAUACGUGCUGGUAAAAAGUUUACAUUCCCUCAUCUUAGGCAUGAAUGUCCUCUAAACUAUGAUGAAUUUGAAUCAGUCUUUCUCUGGGGUGUAAUGAGGAUACAACAUGAUUUUGAGGAUGCAAAAGUUUGAGUUUGUUAAUGGAUUUACUCCAAACUAGAUCAAAAGUUAUACAUUCAGGCUCAGAUGGUUACAGAUACUUCCUGUAAUUUGGUUACAUUUAGAUUUACAGGUGGUAAAGAACAUAUAGAUAUUCUGCCACGAUUCUGCCUGGACUGGUAGGUUUCUGGCACGAGGUAGUGGUACACUGGGUGACCUUGUGACCUUUACUGCAUGUCUUCUUCCCUUUCUCUCUCUGCCCAUUUCCUGUUUGAUUACUACAAGUAAAGAUCAUUAGUGCCACAAAAAAAA